GUUGUCGUACCGUCCCAUGAGCUGAACUACACGGGAUCAUCAACAUUACGAUGACUCAGAAGUCAGAGCCUUUGCUAACGUAUUCGGCGCAUUCUCAAAUGUGUUAUCUACCCUGAAUGGCGUGAUGACAAUUGCAGUUCGAGGUUAAAACGUGCCACAAUCGGAGGACUCCCUAAAUAAUGGCAUCUUCCCAUCCGGAAGUUGAACCAGUUCUAAUCGUACAUGGUGGGGCAGGGCCUAUCGUGAAAAUCUCACAAACUCGAGUCGACUCCAAACUCAAGGGGGUGAAGGAUGCUGGAAAGGCUGGCUACAAGGUACUAUGUGAGGGUGGAAGCGCGCUGGACGCCGUACAGGCUGCUGUGAUGGUUAUGGAGGAAAACCCGGAAUUUAAUGCAGGGAGAGGCUCCAGACCUACAGCACUGGGAGAUGUAGAGAUGGAUGCUAUGAUUAUGGACGGGUCCAGCCUACAGGUCGGGUCUGUAGCGUGUGUGAAGAACAUACACCAUCCUAUCGAGCUGGCCAGAAUGGUUAUGGACAAGACAGACCAUUGCAUGUUGGUUGGCGUGGGAGCCAACCUGUUUGCCCGGCAGAUGGGAUUCCCACUGGUGCCGACUGAAGAGCUGGUAAGAGAAGAACACAGAAAGGACGCGCGAGAACACACCAAGUACACUGAUGCUGUCACUGAACUCUUAAACCCAGGCAAAGACGAUUCCCACGACACAGUAGGCGCUGUUGCACUUGACGCCCAAGGAAACGUCGCAUUCGCCACAUCCACGGGCGGGAUCAGAAGUCAGCUACCGGGGAGGGUCGGAGACUCUCCCUUAGUCGGCUGUGGCGGUUACGCAGAUAACGACAUAGGUGCAGUGACCUGUACGGGACACGGGGAAUCCUUCAUGAAAUGCACUAUUCCAACUCGUAUUUUGAACAAGAUGGAACAAGGAGUGUCAGUGGCUGACGCUACAGAUGAAGCGUUGACCUACAUGAAGAGACGAGUGAACGGCACAGGGGGCUGCAUUGUUAUCGGCAGGGACGGGCAGACUGCGGUCAAGUGCACAGACAAUAGGAUGAUGCCCUGGGCGAUAUUCCAGGGCGACAAAGUCAAGUUCGGGAUAAAUCAGGGAGAACAGUUUGAGGGUACAUGCAUCUCACAAGUAUAGAAACGUAAAUAUAUGAUGACUAGCCUCCAAAGCAGGCUCUCAAGGCCUUUUGCUGGCCAAUUAUUCUUGUACUUGUACUUUUUGUUGCUUGUGUCGGCGGCCCCGAAAGAAAGCCUAGAGAGCCCGCUAUAGAGGCUACAUGAUGACGAUGAUAAAACACCGUUACUGUUGUCCUCUUCAGCAUAGAUUUACUGAGACAAAGUUUCCAAAAUGAGAUCAAACCAAGCUUUUAUGUCAUUUUAUGCUAUAUUCAUUUGUCUUUUAAUUACAUAUGUUAUGUAAGGUGUAAAAAUAAGGAGAGAUGAAAUAAUUGGCAAUAUAUACAUAUAUACAUGGAUAUCAUACGUUUCAGAGAAUAACAAUAAUUGUGAUAUGGCAUAAGCCAACUUGCGACAAGGAAAAGACGUAACAUACCAUCACCUUACUUGUGGCGGAAAGAAGCUUUAAAACGGUGCCUAUAUCUUACGUAUAAAGUUAUUGCUGAUAUACCGUUACACACAAAUGUUACACAUGGCACAUCUCUGAGACAAAACAAAAGGUGCACAAAAUGUUCAUAAAAUGUAUUGAUCAGAACUAUUAGCCUUGACGUGAUUCUUAUUUUAUCCAUCUACUUAACUCUCAGCUAUUCCACUGAUUUCCAAAUUGAGCCCUUCUAAAGUCAUAAACAACUA